AUGCCCGAGCAGCCUAAUGACUACCGAGUUGCCGUGUUUGGGUCAAGCGGAGUGGGAAAAAGUUCACUUGUUAUGCGCCAUAUACUGGAGGUUAAUAUUGAUCUUGUAACCAAGUCGUUAUUUUUGGUUACUUUUAUUCAGGUAAUCAGUUGCAAUAGACAGGUCUGCACACUUCAGAUAACUGACACAACCGGAAGUCACCAGUUCCCGGCAAUGCAAAGACUGAGCAUGUCAAAGGGGCACGCAUUUGUCCUGGUCUAUUCUGUCAGCAACAAGACUAGCCUCGACGACCUGGCUGCAAUCUACCAGGAACUGGCCACCAUAAAGGGAGCUGAAAUCAAGGUUAUACCAAUCAUGCUGGUGGGGAACAAGACAGACGAAGAAGCCGAUCGAGAGGUAUCCACGGCACAGGGGGAAGCACUGGCGAAACGCUGGCAGUGUGGUUUCAUGGAGACUUCGGCAAAGGCGAACGUCAACGUGAAGGAGGUCUUUCAGGAGCUGUUGCGGAUGGAGACAAGACAGAAUAUGACCCUGGUCGGGGACAAUUCAGAAUCCUCCAGAUUCUUCUCCUGUUUCAGGUGUUGUUACAGAACUUCCAACGCAAAACAGAAGUCCCCACGUGGGCCAAAAAAGACUUAA